AUGGCUGCAGCCGGUGGCGAGGGGCCGGUGGGGACCCCGCUCCUGCCGACCGGCGCUGCCCUGGCCCUGCUCGGUGGCCUGGUCUACCUGGGUGCCCUGUGUGCUGCCUGCAGACGCAAGGGCAGGAAGAAGGUCGCUCCAGAUGGGGUGAAACUGGUGGAUGAGGCCCUGCUCCGGCAGACACAGCUGCGGUCACUCAGCAAGUCUGACACGAAGCUGCAUGAGCUGUACCGGCUGAAGGCCAGAGACAGCGCCCAGCGCCCGGCCAGCCUGGAUCUCCCCUGUCCUGCAGCCCCCGGAGCUGAGUCCCUGCUCAGCUCUGGCCUCCUGCACCGUGAGCUGCCCCGGAUUCCUGUCCCCGAGCCACCGGCCGCCUCCCCAGCCCCCGACCAGACCUACUCCAACCUGCUCUUCACCCCACUGAGGAAACCAGCAGCAGACACCGUCUAUGAGUCCCUGGCAGUGGGGGGGGAGGACACCCCAGUGUCCCUUACACCCGCUGGCACCCAGGUGUCCCCCCCGCGGGUGGGACAUGGGGUGGCCGAUUACGCCUGUGUCCAUAAGGUGAAGAAGGCAGUGCCUGUGGAGGUGCAGGAUGGGGCCAUGGCGGGACCCUCUGGAGCACAACAAUGCUGGGAUGGCACAGGCAAUGCCCCCCGGGCCAAGCUGGAAGAGAUGUACUCGACAGUGUGCAAAGCCACCAAGAAGAAAUCCCAGGUCCCUGCAUCGACCCCAAGGGCCUCAAGGGAGGCGGGUUCUGGGUGGCCACCCCCCUGCCAGCAGGAGGGUGCCCCAGCUGGGUGCUGGACCCCAUCAGCCCAAGGCUCCCUGGACCCCUGCUAUGAAUCCAUCAAUGACAGAGCCUGGACUGCUCAGGGCCGUGGCCCCGACCCUGACUACGAGGCUGUGGACAUUAACUGGAAGAAGGCAGCGAAACGGGACAAGCUGGGGAAGACCUGUGUCCCUGAGAACCUGUACGAGAGCGUUGGGGACAUUUGGGCAGGGGAGCCCCGGAGAGCCUCCACCCGGACGACAGCCAACGGGCUGGAGGUGUACAUCACCAACCUAUAGCCCCCCAGGAGCAGGAUCAGUGCCACAGUGGGGUCCCACCAUGGCUGGACACUGUCAGUGCCCACAGACAGGCACCUGCAGCCCUGGGGCAUCCCUGCACAUGCUCUCUGUAUAUAUUUCUGUUACUUUUCUUUAAGUGUCUUUGUCCCAUCCUAUCCCAGCUGGUGCCAGCAGGUUGCUGGUGGGAUGCCCCAGG